CCCAAAGCGACGCUGGUCUUGUACGAGACGACGACGUUCAAGGUUUUCAAGCUGAAUUGGGAUGCGCAUGAUUGGGAAAGAGUGGACAGCAUAGGGGAUUACGCAUUGUUCUUCGGAGGCAAUCAGGCGAGUUUUGUUUCCGCGGAGGAGUACUCUGGGUGUAGAGCCAACUGCAUCUAUUUCACGGAUGAUUAUAGAGAAGGUCAGGAGGCUUACUUCCAUGGGGGCUACGAUAUCGGCGUGUACGACAUAGGAAAAGGAAGCGUUAAGUCGUUUACUUGUCGGGGUUCGUAUGAUCCUGUUCUGAUUUGGCCGCCUGAUAGACCGUUAAUUACACAUGUUUUCACCACUAUUCUUGAGCCGUUUGAGGUGUUGAUUCUCGUGUUUUAG